ACAUUUAUUUUGUGCUGAGUCACGUUUUUAUAUUUUGAAAUCUGUGUCGUAAUUUUAAUGUAACAUUGGCCAGCCCUUGCCCACAAUUACCCACACCUCACCUCUGAAUUUACAAGGACGUACAGUAUACUUGCAGAUAUGUCUUUUAAAGUACCAAAUAUUACAAAGCAUGGAUGGUUCAGAUCCCACAUUUCAGACACAGGCUAUACAGUCUGAGGCCCAACAACUUCUCAGCACAUUCUGGCAGAGAAUGACAGAUGAGAUCAGGAACUUGCAGCCUAAUGAUUUUAAAGUUCAGGAACUCCCUCUGGCUAGAAUAAAGAAGAUUAUGAAACUAGAUGAAGAUGUAAAGAUGAUCAGUGCAGAAGCUCCUGUCUUGUUUGCCAAAGCAUGUGAGAUGUUUAUAGCAGAGCUUUCACUCAGAGCUUGGGUCCAUACAGAGGAUAAUAAGAGAAGAACAUUACAGAGAAAUGAUAUAGCAAUGGCAAUCACAAAAUAUGACCAGUUUGACUUUUUGAUUGAUAUAGUACCUAGAGACGAAUUAAAACCCACAAAACGGGAGGAUGGUGGACAGAGAGCAUCCAUGUUACCAGAACAAGUUCAGUACUUUUUCCAAUUGGCACAACAAGCACAACAACAGCAGCAGCAGCAGCAGCAACAACAGCAACAAAUUCAGAUACAAUCCGGACAAGUUGUACAGCAGCCUUUCCAAAUACAAACAGUGCCAUCUGGAGGAGAUGCACAACCACAAGUUAUACAGAUACAAGUGCCACAACAGCAACAGCAGCAACAAUCUCAGACUCAACAACAACAACAGCAGCAGCAGCAGCAGACUCAGCAACAGCAACCUCAACAGCAGCAGCAAACAACACAGCAGCAGCAGUUGCAGACAACACAGGCUUAUCAACAAAUAGUUGGCCCAAAUGGAGAAAUACAACAUGUACCUAUCCAGUUAACUCCUCAGCAACUGCAGGCUAUUCAGGUACAGCUGCAGGGAAAACAAGCUAAUCAGCCAAUCAUCCUUCAAACACAGCAAUCAGAACAGCAGCAACAGGCAUUUGGAAGCCCACAGUCUCAGAUGUACCAAAUUCAGAUGCCCCAACAAGGACAAUCUAUGUUUACAAUACAGCAAGAUGGAGAUCAAGGUACAGAUCAAGAAGGUUAAUAUUUUAAACAGUUCAGAGAAUGAUACCAUGGCCUCUCUCAUCCCUGGAAUUUUAUCAGUUGUUACAGAAUACUUUAUCAUUGACUUUGAAGAACCAAGUGGUUGAAUGGAAUGAAUUUUGUUGGUUGUGUGACAUGGUGUUGCAGAUCUGAAUGUGAACCAGUACUCAAGUUUUUUUUUUCAAUCUCAGAAACAUUCGUGUUACUGUUGGUAUCUUGUAGAGAUAAUAUCAAUGCAAACCUUUAAUAAAUGGGACACAAGCAGAGCACCUUAAAGUCUCAGAAGCACUGAAGUAAAAACGAGACUUGUCCAGACUAUACUAGCAGUUAAAUUCUAUAAAAUAUGUAAGAUUAAUAUAACAUUUGCCUUAUUUAUGUUUUUGUACAAAAUUUACAUGCAGAAUUAAACUAAGAUAUUACUUUUUAUAUGAAUAGACUAAAACUUCAACUUUUUGACUUGCAUUGUAACUCAGUUGUAAAGAUGUAUGGAUAUUUCUGUAAAUGAGCAUGAUAAGUAAGUUUUAGUUUAAGAUUUCGGAAGUAUCAAACAUAGUUUGUGAUAUGGUUUAUUCUUUUUUUAAGAACUUGUAAACCAUAUA